AUGGCGGCUCUCCCCCAGCGCCAGGCCAGCUCUCGCUCCCGCGCCACAGCUCUUAAGCGACCACAGCGCCUGCGCGCCCGCACGCCGUGCGUCACUCCCUCUGCCCAACCAAAGAGAUGCUUCGGACCGGAUAGCCAAUCCUCGCAGGGGCAGGGGGCGGGGCGGGGCGGGGCGAUGGCGGCCGGGGAGGACCUGAGCGGCGGGCUGGAGCCGGUGGCGGUGGCGCUGUGGCCGCCCGGGGAGGCCCCGCCGGCCUUUCAGUAUAGCCCAGACAACGUGGCUGGAGCAGACGGAGACGUUGACCCCACUGAAAUCACCUUUCCAGGAUGUUCUUGUCUUACCAGCUCCUGUGUGGUUCACGUGUGCUCGUGUCUUUGCCAUGGUGAAAAUUACAACAGGUUGUGCCUCAGGCCUACAGACGAAGAGGAGUACGCCAGGCCUGUUUUUGAAUGCAAUGCCAUGUGCCAGUGUGGUGAAUCCUGUCAAAACAGGGUUGUUCAGAGGGGUUUGCAAUUCAGACUUGAGGUAUUCAAGACUGAGAAGAAAGGGUGGGGUCUUCGCACUCUGGAAUUCAUAGCUAAAGGAAGAUUUGUUUGUGAAUAUGCUGGUGAAGUUUUAGGCUUUAAUGAGGCACGUAGAAGAAUUCAGGCCCAGACAUCAAAGGAUUCGAACUAUAUUAUAGCGGUGAGGGAGCACCUCCAUAGCGGUCGGAUAAUGGAGACGUUUGUUGACCCUACAUACAUUGGUAACGUAGGCAGAUUCCUGAAUCAUUCUUGCGAACCAAAUUUAUUUAUGGUGCCAGUUCGAGUUGACUCAAUGGUGCCUAAACUGGCACUUUUUGCAGCCACUGAUAUUUCUGCUGGAGAGGAACUUUCAUAUGAUUAUUCUGGAAGAUUUCAUAAUUUACCAAUAACUAACAGAGAACAAAAAUCUUUAGAGGAAGAUAACAGAUUGAGAAAACCUUGCUACUGUGGUUCCCGCACAUGUGCUUCCUUCUUACCUUGGGACAGCUCCCUCUUUCCCACACCAGAUGCUUGUUCAGGGAGCUCUCCAUAGCUUUUCAGUUCCUAAGCAUACCUAAAAAAUACAUUUUCCCUAGUAGUUAAGUUGCAGUUAAAUAAAACUCUGAUUGCGUAUUCCGCCAAGGAAGCACGUGUGGUUUUGAAUAACAGCUAAAAGGCAAGAUUUUGUGAAUAACUUCAUGCAACAUCCUAGAGACUGUUUUCAAGGUGGAUGGUAUGAAGGAGCACUGGAGCUUCAAGAGGUUCCAAUAUCAGUUACUAAGCCAGGCCUGGUGUGUUUUUCUGGUUUUCUUCUGACGGCGUGCUGUAUGUUAAAGCACCUCUCUCAAUUUGUACCUUUCAGAAAAAAUGAACUUUAAUAUUAGUACACAGAAAGGACAUGUGAUAACAAUGAGUAAUGUCACUGAAAAUUACACAAGAGAAUGAGACCAAGGACCAUUGACAUUUGUAAGAAGGGCAUUAGGUUUGUUAAAUCCCAUUAAAAUAACUUUUUUUUUAAAUUAUUUGCUAUAAAUUUUUUUGUUCCACAAAACAUAACUAAUUAUUGUUGAUGUAAAAAAA